AUGGAGACCGUCAAGAACGCCGCCAACUACGCCAAGGAGACCGUCCAGGGUGGUGGUGCAGAGGCAUCAAAGGAGACCAACAAGAAUGUCGCCAAGGACUCUGAUGCCAGCUUGGGCAGCCGAGCCAGCGCCGCAAAGGACGCCGUUGUCGACAAGAAGGACGAGACGUCUCACAACACCAAGGCCGAUGUCCACAAGGAGGCCACUAAGCACUAA